AUGGACCCCGCCGCCACGAUUCGUAAGUUAAGGCUGGCCGAUCUGGAGAAGGACGAAGAGAUCGCACGGCUGAAGAUCGAGAUUGUCGUCCUAAAGCGCCGCAUCUUAGAGCUGGAGGGCGCCUCUGCCAGCACCAGUGUCGAGGAACAGGUCAAGAUUGAACCUGGAUUGAGUCCACGCAAUAACCGAAUUUCGAUACCAGCGAAACAAGAGACUUCGCCUCCGCUCGAGAGCAGGAUCACAUCACCCCCGUCUAUUAAGGCACCAGCUGGAAGCAGCAAAGAUGCACCUGUUAUCAUCCUAGAUUCGGAUUCAGAGACGGAGGUAGAACACUCACAAUUUCGUCAAAAAACACAACCAGUCCGAGUGAACUUGAAGCGCCGACGUUCUCCAAGCGCAGAUCUCGAUUUGACUUUUGGUGAGCCCAGCGACGAUACCUCCACCCCACCAGCCACAACUCGGAGAAUCAAGAAAGUACGCAAACCCGCACCUGGAGUAGACACACCCCCGACAGAGCAUGAUCACAAGGACGAGGAGAAAGAGGAAAAAGGCUAUGUCAAAUUGACUGAGGCUGAAGGUCGAGCAGCAUUAAAGAGCUACUUUAACCCUAAAGCUGAGAUCAAGAGCGAGAUGUUACUCAGUGAUGAGCAGGUUCUGAGCCGGCUCGAUCUGGUAGGGCGUGAGCCUUACCCUGUGACUCUCGAUGCAGCCCUGCGGGACAUCACGGUAUCUCGAGACCACAUAUCAAGAUUGUUCGGCGGGAAUAACCAGGACACCUUCCCCCACAUAUCCCAGAAGAAUGUCGAGCGUCAUGGCUACAAUCACUUCAUGUGUCUGAACCUCCUGUACAACCCGCAUGCUCCACAGCUACCAGGAUAUCCGGGUCUGUACUUCGAAACUUCACCAGCUAUCGAACCGUGGACCUCCGAACACGCCAGGGUUCAGAUGGUAUUCGUCCGUCUCCAAUCGAAGAUGUGGUUUUAUGUCGGUAACUACAAGAUGACGGCAGCGCCAUCACUCACUGAAGCGCAAUGGCUUGAGCAAGACGGCUCCGUACGAAGGAAAUGGGCCCAAGAGAUCCACGAUAAGGGCUGGGGGAGGUCUGUUCGUGUGAGGAUACAUCUGAGGCGUCGUCUAGGACGUGAGCCAGACGGCGAAGAUAUUGAGGAUGCGUUGAAGGAAAAGAAUGCAUUCAAAGAUGUAACGCCUAUGCAGAUACUGGCUGCAUACGAUUCAGCGGAAGAGGUUAUGGGUGUUUGGUGCAUGAAAUGUGAGACGGUUAUAUCGUUGUGGCGGCGCCACACACGCGUAGAGAAUGGACGCGUCGAUCACGUGAUAUUCAUAAAGAGCAACUGUCGUCGAAGUAGCUGGCACCGCUUCAUAGCACUUGAGCUGAGCCUGGUCGCCGGCUACCCACCCACUAUGAAUAAGCCCAUAGUUCCUGGGGCCGGUUCUUCGUCUUCUGGCUCUAACACAGUGCCGUUUCCUAUGUCGCGCGAUCAGCAGCAACCUGCAAUUCCAGACUCCGAGUCGUCGAUCUCUAAUCUCACCAGUUCAGACAAGCUUUCCGCUCUUCCCGUGCAAGCUUCCCCCAUGUUGGACCGGCUGCGCGCUCCAAGUCGCGUAGUGCGUCGUAGCUUUGACGGUUCCGUCUCUUUGUCCUCCAAUGAAUCACCCUCGGCUAGUACUCAGGCCUUACAUCAAUUGCCAGGUGCUGGUCGGAUGACAGGGUCUGAAGGCUCCAUUGGAAGAGAGACUCCAAAGCAGAUAGCCUCGUUUGAAAGUGAUCGAACCUCGCUCCCAGCAAAUCUGCAAGGUUUCACGCAAGCUGCAAAUAGGAUCAAUCAACGGAGCGACUCUGCCGUACCCUCUUCAACACCUCACUCCGGCGAAGUAUCCCUGCACGGCGGCACACCGUAUCAAAUCCCAUUGUUAGGCACGCGCCAAAACCAGACAGGCACUUUGUCUCCUAGACUGGCGAAGGAUGGUCUGCAGAGCCCGUCCCCCACCUCUCGCUCACCUUCGCAUUCACGCAACGCGUCGCCUCUACGUCUCUUUGGGUUUGGCCGUCGCACCCAUGGUUGGGAGGAGCCAUUCGUCCCUGUCGAUCCUUUCACAGUGCGUAUAUGCUGGUUUGGGUGGUCCUCUUCCAGCCCUCCUACAGAGCCCCUCGAUCAAGAUGCAGACGUCGCAUGCAACGAUACCCUCACGAUGUGUUUGCCUCUUCCAGCACUGUGUUCGACUCGCGUUACGAAAAGAGGUGGGGGAGGCGAUGUCGAGAUUCAGGCCCAGUCGGAAGGCGGGCGUUGGAACGCGUUCGCAAGCGCGGCGAGCACAUUCUUCGCAGACGUGCUUCCGCGCCAGGUAUACCUCAUACUACUUCUCCGGCUUCCUGCGCUCUACUUUUCGCGCGUCGCGCGCGUCUUCGAGGAUGCCGAAGUGAGUAAGCCGGAUGUUCAGCGGAUGAUCGACGCGUGCGCUGCAGACGAGAGCGGCGGGAUGACCUCAACCGAGCGCGUGGCUAUGCGGACCAGGACUGGUCGCUAUCGCAAUCCGUCGUUGCCCCUGCCUUUCCCAGACGAGUGGAAUCCGCCCAUGGUUUCGCCCUCUUUGGUGCGUUUCAAGCAUUCGUGGGAGUUCUUUGUGGACUCUUUGUUGCGAGAAUGGAAGACAUUGAAUCUUGUUUCUGCUCUACUUUGCACGGCAAUCCUCACGUUGUUCCAAGUCAAUGCCGCGGCAAAUGAUCCUUUGACGCGGUCUGCAGCCCUAUUCUCGCUCAUCUUUUCCCUCAUGAGUGUGUCAUAUGGUUGCAUGUACAUUGUCCAGUUUGGCACCAUGAGAAGCAUGGACAGGGCAUCUCGAUGGGCGGAGGAAGCGCAAAGGUCCAAGACUGCGAUCUGGUGGAACAUCUGGGUUCUCCUCGCCACACCCGCGAUAUGGCUCGCGUGGUCGAUGAUCACGUUCUGCAUUGCCAUUCUCUCCUUCGUCUGGCGGACCGGCUCUCAGGCAGAUGAGAACCCACCCCCGCCGCUCAAUGCCCAACAGGCCAUCGGCGUGCGCACCGCGAUCACGAUUGUCUUCAUCUUCGGCGUCGUCAAUUUCGUCAUGAUCGUCAGCACGUUCGUCUCAUAUGGCGAAGUCCGCCGCGACCGCCGCCGAGGGCGGGAAGAGAAGAGAGGUGACAGAGGACGUGAACGCCGAGACGGGAUGGACGAGAGUAGAGAGCGGGGCCGCAUGCGGGAUGUGAAGGGCGGGACGCCAGGCUCGAUGGUCGGUUUAGGUUUGACAGGUUUGGGGGAGCAUGAGAUUGGUUCGGGCAGCGUUGCAGGUAUCGUGCGGGAGGAGGUCGACUUGGAGAAGCGCGAGUUCUUGACCACACUUAAGCAAAGGAACAAGAUAUCGCCGAGGCUGUGA